GUGGCAAAUCUAAAAAGAUAUUCACAGUGCAGAUCUAAGUAUAUAAACAGUGUGAUGUAUUAAAAAUAAAAAAAAAUGUGUACAGUGACUGUACUAGUGCAAUUUGGUAUCAGCAAGUUUUCAAAGUUUCUCAGUUAUGGCUCAUUUUUGCCACCAAGUGGAUAAAUCCAGCCAUGCGCAUGACGCGGACCUGCUCCUCCGUUGCACCAGGGUGCGCUCUGCGCCUCACAGACCAUCCAGGAGUCCCAGCUCCACCUCCUCGGUGUUCUUGUCACAUUGUCCAUCAUGGCUGCGUCCAUGGUGAGGAUAUGCCGUUAUUUAUCGCGGCAUGGAGCCUGUAUUCUCACAUCCAGGUCUAACUUCCACUCUUCCUCUCCGGCUCUUAACGCGCUGCUCUCCUCUCUGCACAAACGCGGCGUUUUGAAGGAAUCUUUCCCGCAGGACGCAGCGCAGGACCAGCUCCCUCGGUUGCUCCAGUCCGGUGCUCAGACUGUAUACUGCGGCUUUGACCCCACGGCCGACAGCCUCCAUGUGGGUAACUUGCUCGCCAUCGUCGGCCUGCUACACUUCCGAGACGCCGGGCAUCAUGUCCUCGCAGUGCUCGGUGGGGCCACGGCGCAGAUCGGAGACCCGAGCGGGAAGACGAGCGAGAGGGAGCGGUUGUCCGGGGACGCCGUGGAGGCGAACACCCGCAGCAUCAGGGAGAGCAUCCAGAGGAUUUUCACCAACCACGAAGUGCACUUUCACGACAGCUCCAGGAAGCUGGGCACGGUGACCGUCCUAAACAACCUGAGCUGGUACAAGGACCGGAACGUGGUGGGGUUUCUGUCGGAUGCCGGGAGGCACUUCAGGAUGGGCACCAUGCUGAGCCGGCACAGCGUGCAGUCCAGGCUGAAGAGCGCAGACGGUAUGAGCCUGACUGAGUUCACCUACCAGGUGUUCCAAGCCUAUGACUUCCACCACCUCAACCAAAUAUACGGCUGCAAGAUCCAGCUCGGGGGCUCCGACCAGCUGGGCAACCUGAUGACUGGCCAUGAGUUCAUUCACAAAGUCAGCGGUGAGGAGGUGUACGGCCUGACCAUCCCGCUGGUGACCAGCUCUGUCGGGGACAAACUGGGGAAGACGGCAGGCAACGCAGUGUGGCUCAACAGGGACAAGACGUCUCCCUUUGAACUGUACCAGUUCUUUCUCAGGCAGCCUGAUGCCAGCGUGGAAGGGUACCUGAAGCUGUUCACCUUUCUGCCUCUGGCGGAGGUGGAGAGGCUGAUGGAGCAACAGAGAGAGGAUCCAGGUAAACGCCUCGCCCAUAAACGACUGGCAGCAGAGGUGACGAAACUGGUUCAUGGGAAGGAAGGCCUCGAGAGCGCAAAGAGAUGUACCAGCGCGCUUUACCAUAGCAGCGUGCAGGCUUUGGAGGAGAUGAGUGACGAGGAGCUUCAGGAGCUUUUCAGGGAGGCCCCCUUCCAUGAGGUGCUGUUGGAGCCGGGAACCUCUGUGAUAGACACCUGCCGCAUGGUCAACGCCAUCCCAGAGGGACCCAAAGGGUAUCGAAUGGUUUCGGAGGGCGCGGUGUGGAUCAACCACAAGCGGGCAGACAAACCGGAUCAGGUGCUGAUCCCCAAACUCCACAUCCUGUCAAAUGGACUUACCUUGUUAAGAGUGGGCAAGAAAAACUUCUACAUCAUCAGGUGGCUCGGUCUCUGAGGCCGUCUGCCGCUCACACGGGACCGCUUUAUUUGACCUAUAGAUGGACUGACAGGAAAGGUAAGGCGACUACACCUCUGCAGGGUCAAUGAGGAGACAUGGAUGCAGUGAUAUUUUGGGACAUACUUUGGACAACCUUUGAUUGUUCUAUAAAUAUGUAUAUGUACAUAUGUGAAGUUUAUCUAAAGCUAUGGUAUUAAAAAAUCAUUUGAUAUAAAGCCUGUCGCCUGCUGACUUUGUCCCGCCGCAGAUCUUGCAAAGUGAACACUAGGGAGCAGCAUUGUCCCAGUCAUAAUGGUGGCGCUGCUGCACACACACACAGCUGCACCACGUACCCUGCUGUGACCCCAUAGGUAAAUAAUUGCUCACAUUAAAAUAAAAAAUUGCAAUGUUUCUGGCAAACAAGUUAUGGUUCUAUUUUAAGCCAAUCAUGUUUCUUUCAGUAUGAUGUUCAAACAUGAGGACAACAGCUGUCUCAGUGUGACCGGUGCUGCCUUCUUAGUGGUGGAAGGUGUAAAGUGUAUCAGAAAGAAAAGAACAAGAGUUUAGUUCAACUCUAAAAUGAACUCAUCUUGUUUGUAGAUUGUUUUUUAGAUGCCAUAUUUUUUUGUAUUUCCAUUUGUGGAAUAUUUUUCAAUCCUGGCAUUAGAUUUUCUCACGAGGUACCAAGUUUUCACUCGGGUGUAAAUAACUAUUUUUCAACUUGGAGCAAGCAGCACGUAUGUUGUUCUUUGUCUUUCCUUUUUGAUUCUUCUUUUUUUUUUUUUGUAUUUACAGACUUCUGAAUUUGGAGGUUGCUUUUCUAGUCCAACUUCCAUCUGCUCUUCUCUUUUUCUCCUGGGGCCCAGUGGAGAUGAGGACAGGGGUCUGGUUGUGUGCUGACCUUGACUUACCCCGCUCAGCUCCAGAGAACCGCUUUGGAAAUGAGAUGUGAUAAAGAUGAACAUUAGACCAGUUUUCUUUUAUUAUCAUUUUUGUUGGUUAGUCUUGACAUUGGUUGGGGUGGGGGGGUGUACCUACUUUAGCAGAGGGCCCACACCUUGAAGUCUAUGUGCACUCAGAAAUGUCAUCUCUUUUUUAAGGUGGUAUGUUUAUCUGUAAUUCAUUUUUUGGAAGAAUCUGCU